UUCCUGUUCCAGAUGAGCUGCACGACCCGCUUCCUCUAAACUCCAGUUACACAAUCAAGAUUUUUAUUUCAAUACUUGUGUAAAAUACUGGUCACUCGACAAGUUCAAAAAAUAAUAAAAAUAUAAUUAUGCAGGAGGUGGAAAUAUUUUAUGUGACACGCAGUUCCUCUAAUAGUUUAUUUAAACUGAAUUAAAUUGAACUACUAAAGAAGAAACUGUUAUAAACCCCAAAUCUGAUGAAAUACAACCGGGUUUUAUAAAUCUAUUCAAAGCUGCGUUUCCAAAAGUUCUAGACUUCAGGAUUUGAUCGUGGAGGUCAAAGGUCACAGUGACAUCACAAAACCCUUCAUUGUCCCUGACUCAGGAAUUCAUCUGCUUGUUCUGACUUUUUCACACGCGUGACCAACGACGACGAAACGACGAGGCCUUUAAACAGCGGCCCGUGGCCGGUUGUCAUGGAGACGGCUCAGGCUUAAGAACGGCACGCGCCGUUCACAACAGGUGGAUUGGUUUUACCGGCGGAGGACUCCGCCCCCUCCGGGUAGGAGCGACUCGGCUGAACUCCAUCAGCUCUGAUUGAGUCCAAUCAGAGCCGCUCCAGUGAAGUGAGGGCGAGCGCUUCCCCCUCCCCCCCCCGAGGAACCCCGUCCAGCGAUGAGCUUCCAGCUGAGGACCAAGGCGCGCCUCUCCGAGCUGCACUGCUGCGUGGGCCUGACGGACUGGGACAUGGACAAGGAGCUGAAGCUGGCCACCACCACCGACCAGUUCCACCACGAUGACAAGCUGGUGGACCAAUACGUGGUGCAGAGGCCUUCUGCCCGAGCCCCCAGGAGGAAGGAUGAAUUCAUCUGGUACGACAAGACGUCAGACUCCUUCGUGAAGCCCAACCUGUGGCUGCUGGUGAACCCCAGCAUCGCCUGUCCCGUCCGCCACCGGGACAACGUAGCCCGCGGGCCCCGGGGGGGCCCCCCGCCCGUCCUCCAGGAGGACCACACGAUCAAAGGUGAAGACGUCUCCAGUCGACCAGUGAAGAACAGACGAAAGGGAAGAACCCCGACGUCCCGCGACAGUAAGACCCUGAAGCCGGGCUGCUGGCCCCGCCCACCCGUCAACUACUGCAUCCUCAUCGCCUUGGCGCUGAAGAGCAGCCACACGGGCGGCCUGAAGGUGCAGCAGAUUUACAACUUCACCAGGGAGCACUUCCCCUUCUUCCAGACGGCUCCGGACGGCUGGAAGAACACCAUCCGGCACAACCUGUGCUUCAACAGCAGCUUCCGCAAGACCUGCAACCAGCUGUGCCGGGACGGCAAGAGGAAGUCGUGCUUCUGGCACCUGACGCUGGACGGCCAGCGGCGGCUGAGGGACGAGAUCCGCGCGCUGACGGGGGACUCGUCCCGCCAGCUGGAGCGCAGCAUGUCCCGCCCAGAUGUGAUUCAGAGUUUAUUCACCGUUUGACUGCAUGUUGAAAACAAAGUUAAUGCAUAAUUAAACUUUUCUGUUACGCUGAAUAUUAUUUCUGUAACAUUUCUUGUUAAAUGUUUGAUUUACUCACUUCAUUGUUUAAAGUUCCCUAAAUAAACACACUUGUUCAUGUUUAA